AUGCCUCGACGUAUCGCUCUUCUCGGAGCUACAGGAGCCACCGGCCAACAAGUCCUUCGAAAUCUUUUGACCCAAAAUGUCUCCAUCAACAUCUACGUCCGCUCAAAAGGCAAACUCCUCGAUCUCUUCCCCUCCAUCGACACCAAUCCAAAAGUCCACAUCUACGCUGGCGACAUCUCAGACCAAGACCUCAUAACAUCCCUCCUCACAAAUGUCUCCAUCAUAAUCUUCACACUAGGCUGGAACGAAAACCGGCCCGGCACCCACAUAAUAGAAGACGGUGCUCGCGCUAUCAUCACCUCUCUACAAUCCCUUCAGGACUCUGGAACUCUAAAAACACCACCAAGAUUGCUCCUUUUAUCCUCUUCCACUUGGAAUACUCAUCUCAAUGGCCAAAACCCCAGUCUUUUGGUUCGGAUAAUAAGAACAGCAUUUUACCACCCUUACGCCGAUCUCCUCGCCGGCCAGAGGGUCGUCCAUGCCCACCCAUCCCUCAUCAGAGUAACAUUGGUCCAACCACCCGCUCUAGUAGACCAAACCCCCUCAGGCCACGACCUCAGUGUUGAAAAAGUGGGCGUAGCAACCAGCUACCCAGACCUAGGGAACGCAAUCGUAGAAAUUGCAUUGGAGGAAAGACAUCAAAACCUAGCAAAAGUCCUGGUAUCCAGUAAAAAUGGGUAUGAGUUUGGAAAGUACGCAGGUGUUAUUUUGCCAAAGGUGGUGAAAGGGUUAGCAGCUUCUUUGAUACCUGGGUUUUGGAGUAUUCAUGAUUUUCUGGAGAGGUUUUGGUCGUAA